UACCGCCAUACAUGUUCUACUAAAGAGUGCCAAUCAGUUACCAUAUGCAUUGCCAUAUAAUACUACCGCAGUGUCUACACUCCAUCCCUGUAUGCUGAGCAGUGCCAUACAGCUGUCACUUACUACCGCCAUAUACUGCCCUGCAAUCGCCAGAUCCACAGUUUCAUACAAGCAGUGACUCAUCAUUGUACAACGAGACAAAUUGGGGGUUUCAGCGAGGAAUCCCCAGUUUGUGGCUAGCAUUUUAUGUUUUUUCACACCUGACCUUUCUCAGUGGAAAAACCCUUUAAUCACAACUAAGUUUUCCCCAGUAAUCUGUUAUAUUCAGGGACGACUGCAGGCAGCCGCGCUAUAGGACAUGUAGAGGAUUUUCUGUGAAGACAGCAGAGCACCGAGCGGUCUCAAUCUAUGAUCUUUUCCUCGCCUUUGGAUCCAAAUGUGAACAGAAUGGUGAACACAUCCGGGAACUUCACCGGGUGUCAGCCUCAACCCAUCAGCAUCUUCAUCCCGAUCUUCCUGAGCGUCAUCUUCUUCCUCGGGUUUGUGUUGAACUGUAUAAGUCUGUGGAUAUUCUGGUUCCGGAUAAAACAAUGGAAUUCGACGGUCAUUCUCCAGUUCAACUUGGCUAUCUCCGAUGCCAUCAUCACCCCAGCUGCUCCUCUCAUCAUCAUCUACUCCUUGACCGACCACUGGACCUUCGGUACCUUCUUCUGCCAGUUUAAGGUCUUCCUCCUCAGCACCCACAUGUAUGGAAGUAUAUAUUUUCUCACUCUAAUCAGUAUUCACAGAUUUUUCACUGUUGCCCACAAUGUUAAAAGAAUGGCCUUGACCAGAAAGACCUUCACCACGAGACUCUGCCUUAUUGUCUGGGGUUUUCUUGGUUUACAAGGCUUUCCUUUCUUUUUUGUGCUGAAGACAUCUGAAGUCCACGGAGUCACAAAAUGUCUUAGUAUCCAUCAAGACAAUCAAGCAGUUUUAUUUUUUAUUUGGAACUGGGUCGUCUCUUCUCGGGUCUUCUCAUUCCUUUCACCACAACCUUGGUCUGCUACAGUCUCCUGAGUCGAUAUAUUCUCAAGGUGAACCCAAUGAACACCCUUACGAAUGUCAUGGUCUCCAAAUCUGUCCAGACCAUAUUUGUCUCCCUAAUCAUCUUCAUCAUCUGCUAUAUCCCAGUACAUAUCACCAGAACCAUGGGGGUCA